UGGCGUCGAAUUAUUCCGAAGAUUCCCGAUGCGGAUCGCGACUUUCCGGAAGAUCCGGGUACUGGGCUUCAACCUCAACAUAACAGCAGCGGCAUCGAAUUUUUCCGAAGAUUCCCGAUUUGGAUCGCGACUUUCCGGAAGAUCCGGGUACUGGGCUUCAACCUCAACAUAACAGCAAUGGCGGAGGCGGCAGCAGCAACAGCGGCUCCAGCAAUAACAGGAGGCUGGACCAAACACGUUACCUGCAGGUAUUUCAUGCAUGGGCUUUGCAAAGAAGGCACCAACUGUCGAUAUUCCCAUGAUCUUAACAGCAGCACACCAGCAGCAGCUAUGAUUUGCAAGUUCUUUCAGAAAGGAAACUGUGUGUUCGGAGACCGGUGCAGGUUUGAACACUCUAAAGAAGACAUGCCUGGGCCCAAGCCGACGCUGCCGUCCUCUGCCUCCGCCUGCGCCCCUCCCUCCCUCAGCGCUCCAGCCCCUCUGCCCAGUGGACCAGGGGCUGGUGAGUCAGCAGAUGGCCCAGAGAACCCCCAUGGAUCAGGGGCAGGGGACUGGGUUAUGGCAGCAGAGUUUGUGCCAGGCCAGCCCUACUACUGGGGACGGGACCCAGUGAAGUCUGAGGGCCCGGGGCCGGGGGUGGGUCCUCUGAUGGCGCUAGAGAAAGACCCAGCGGUAGACGAUAAGGAGUUGAGGAAGACUCUGUGUCCCUACGCCGCCAUGGGGGAGUGCCGCUACGGACUCAACUGUGCCUAUCUCCAUGGUGACGUGUGUGACAUGUGCGGCCUGCAGGUGCUCCAUCCCUCCAACGACGCCCAGCGAUCAGAACACACCAAGGCUUGCAUGGAGGCCCAUGAGAAGGACAUGGAGAUCUCGUUUGCCAUCCAGCGCAGUAAGGACAUGCAGUGCGGUGUGUGCAUGGAGGUGGUGUUUGAGAAGGCCAACCCCAGCGAGAGACGAUUCGGCAUCCUGUCCAACUGCUGCCACUGCUACUGCCUCAAGUGCAUCCGCAAGUGGAGGAGCGCCAAGACGUUCGAGAGCAAGAUCAUCAAGUCCUGUCCAGAGUGUCGGAUCACGUCCAACUUCGUCAUCCCCAGUGAGUACUGGGUGGAGGACAAGGAAGACAAGCAGAAACUGAUACAAAAAUACAAGGAUGGCAUGGGGACUAAAGCCUGUCGGUACUUCGACCAGGGUCGUGGCACCUGUCCGUUUGGCUCCAACUGCUUCUACAAACACGCCUUCCCUGACGGACGGCUGGAGGAGCCUCAGCCGCAGAGAAGACAGUCGGGUUCCAACGGCAGGAACAGGAACUCGAGGAGGACGCCCCUGUGGGAGCUGUUUGAAGAGCGGGAGAACAGCAGCGACUCCUUCGACAACGAGGACGAGGAGAUGGUGACCUUUGAACUGAGCGAGAUGCUCCUCAUGCUCCUCGCUGCAGGGACCGACGAAGACGUCACCGACUCGGAGGACGAAUGGGACUUGUUUCACGAAGAGCUGGACGAUAUCUACGAGAUUUACCUAUAGCACCACUCCUAGCUCUGACCUCUGACCCCCUAACCACCCUUCUUCACCCUAUGCUACGCGCUAGAAUGGACUGUCUUGUGUGUUUGGGACAGUAGCUUCUCUCCCCUGGUUGUCAUGGCAGUGUCUUGAAGGCAGGCCAUUCAUUAAUACAUUAAUUACUAAAUGAAACGGAUUAAAAAGACUUAAGAGAGCAGUUGGGUGGGGGUGUAAACAUUUUCUAGAAACGUCCUGUCCUCCUGUCCUUGUGAAUCUAUCUAUCCGUGUCGGGUUCAUGUAUUAACAAGAAAAAAAUGCAAAAAAAUUACAAACAUUUUGAAAAUAUCGCUAAUAAACGGUGGUGUUUA